CGUCACCACACAUGGUUUCCGUUUCAUAUACAUCUUAGUCUAUUUUGACUUCCUAAAACCCUAACCCUAUUUUUUUCCCUCCGCUUUAGUUUGCCCACAGUCAUCCCGCAGGAGUUUCCAUCAUCGUCAACCUGCAUUAAGUUCAGCUCGAUAGGUCAGUUAUUGAAAUCUACUGUCCGGCAAUUGUAUGAUCUUGUACGUGUGCGGUAUACACGGGGAUCCUUCCGCAACGGGAAGCGGAAAUGGGCAAUGACUGGGAAUCUUGUUACAUUUAUUUGAUACGAUUUACUCUGUAUUUGAAUGUGAAAUGGGACAUUCACGAUGCCCGUUGCAGGGCCUGAAGUCAGGAUUUGCAAAUUGAUUGACUGAUUGUUUGAGUGGGGUUCUUUGGCGUUGCAGUUAAUUUGAUAGCUGGGUGAGGUUUUUUUCAUAUGCACAUGCGAGGAAGAGAAUGUGUUGAUCAACAGGUGCUAAACUCUACAAAUGGCAAGCUAUGUAGCUGCGUCAUCACAUGUCAAGCUGCGUGUUUGCAGAAAUAGUAUCUCAAAUGGAUGCUUGCUGCCCAACAUUUCGUAUGCUCGGGCUCAAAGGAAGUGUUCCUAUCGAAGUUCAAGAGUUGCACUGCUUUCAUCAUGGAAUUCUUGCAAAUUCAGUGCAUUUUCUGUCAAAAUUCUGAAAGUAAAUCCUUGCUCUGAUAAUGGUUCACUGAGACAUUAUUGCAUGGGAACUUUAGUAAAUACUGAUGGUACCCCAGCUUUUGAAUGGGUCCCUAUUGUAGAUCAAGCACUUUUAGUGGCCAGUAUAUUUCUUACUUCAUUGGCUGGGGUGGUACCAGGUAAGAAGUUGCUUUCAAGAUCCCAAAAUGGCUUGCUGAAUGACUGUCCGCGACCUGAAGAAUCUGCAGUUUCUGGUAGUGCUACUGAGAAUGUUAAGGAAGUCAACUUAAAGCUUCCCUGGGAGAUGAUGGAAAAGAAACUUAUGGAUGCCUCUAAAGCAAGUGAACUAGGAGGUAAUUCGGAAAGCAGAUUUAUAAAAUUUGAACGAGACCAGGCAAAACGACCUUUAAGUUUGUAUGCUAUUGCUGAGGGUCCCAGGUUUCGCUUGCUGUGGGCUUCUUUUCAGUGGCUGAAGAAAGAGGUGGACAGCCUCUCUGGAAUGUCCAUAACUGUAAGCUCAAAUGGUUGGUCAACGGUUUUCUUUAAUGUUAUCCAGAAUUCAUGUCAGCCUAUAUACAUGGCUUGGCUGGAAAAAGAGCUUUGCUUGAAAAGCAUAAAAUCUGAUAAGGAAAUUCUUUCUUUAAUGGUUGAGAAGUUAAUGGGAGAUACGACUAUAAUGCAAAAUAUCAGAAGUUCAGGGAAGGAGGAUCUUUAUGCUGAAUUAGCACAAUUUCUUACAUUUGGUUCUCUCAGGGAGGAUAGCUGUUAUAAUUGUAGCUUGUUUACUCAGCAUGGAAUUGCCAUAUUAGAGGAUUUCAUUAUUACACUAGCUGAUGGGAUAGCAAGUGUGUAUUUGGAACUUAUUUCGGUUGACAGUAAUAUUUCAAAUGAAAUAAGUCGUGUUGGUUUGACGAUGUGUACCUUAUCAACCCGGGAACUUCAGAAAUUACGCAAUGAGGUGGCACUGAAUCAAUGGUUGCAUCGGAACAUGGAGGCAGUUAUAUCAAUGUACGAAGAUAGGCUUGACCUUUGCAUGAUUCAGAGGCAAAUUGUUGAGGUACCAAGCGAAAACAAGACUGAAAAGUUUAGCUGGUGGAAGAAGCUAACGCUAAGGGAAUCCAGAUCAGAGUCAUCUCCAUUAUAUUCUGUUGUGAUUGGUUGGAUCUCCAUAACUGUUAAACGGACCAAGGAGUUAAGGGCAUUGGCUGGGUGGAGGUACUACUUCAGUCUCUUUCUUGAGUUAGCUGAUAUUACAAUGCCGUUGGUUAGAACCAUUUUUGCUAAAGUCAGUGAUGCCAUCUCAUUCUUCCUUGUGUGCUUGAUUGGACGGUCACUAGGACUUAUCUACAGUGGGAUAAGGCAGUCCCUGCAAUGGAAGUGAUAUAAAUGAAUUGCUCCUUUGACAUUGUUUGCAUUUUCAUGUUCCAUCUUUUCUAGGUAAUUCGGCUAUAAUCCAGAUGAACAGGUAUAUGAAGCAGUCUGGCCAUAUUUUUCAUUGUUUUGCCUGGGUCCCUCAGGCUUCUUCAUAUCCAUUGAUUGUUUUUCUGUUAAUAUUUUGAACAUUCUUGUGGUUAGCUCUAAUUCCAAUGCUUGCAUGGUGCUAAAUGGGUGGUAUUUCAGUUUUGUAUUGGCUAGAAAGCUACUUUUAUAAUGCACAUCCCAAACUAUUUAAGGGCAUUUCAAGAAAUAAUUUCUA